CCUAUGGAACACUAUUUGGUAGACAGGAACACAUUGGGACCACAGACCGGUGGGGCCCACUGAUGAGGAGGAGGGUGGCCAACAGGACAGUGUUCGUGGAUGAGUUCGGACAUUGUGCCCCUUAUGGACUCGAGACCAUCAAGCGCCCGUACCGUACUUUCCAUUCCCUUCGAAGCCAGACGAAGCUCUGGAGCUCCCCUCGCCAUCGUCUCACAGUGGGCCCAGGACCAAGUGUCGACGACCUCUUGGUGGUGCGAGACAGGAAUCAGAUGUUUUGUUUCAGUGGCUUUCGGUUCUUUUUCUCUUUCUUCCGGGUCGAGAUUCUCUUCCUAUCCAUUUUAUGCACCCAUUGCUCUUCUGUUCAGCUCAUGAUGCCGUGCCGGUGGGAGAUGGCGAGAAAUUGAUGUAAGAAGAAAUAUCGAUAGUUCACAUAAUAACCUAAAAAGUGUCUUCUUCGGAAGCAAGGGAAGAGGGCACGACCCUUGAAAUUGGUACCUCGGGGCU